AUGCAUAUUGUGCGUACAUAUAAUGUUGAUGAAACUGUUUUUGAGGUGGAUGCAGGGUUUGAAAGGACAUAUGUUGUCAACCUUACUGCUCGUACAUGCCAAUUUGGACAAUUUAAAGCAUUUAAAUAUCCUUGUAGUCACGUCAUUGCUGCAGCGUUAUCCAUUCGUCGGAAUUAUCGACAAUAUAUUGAUGAUGUUUUCAAGACGUCAAACUUGGUAAAGGCGUACUCAUUUCCAUGGGAACCAAUCGGCAAUGAGCAAGCAAUUCCACCCAAUGCAGGCCCUGUGGUAAUACCGGAUAAAAAUAUGUUGCGAGCAAAAGGUCGUCCAAAGUCUACAAGAAUACGGAACGAGAUGGAUGAGGUUGAAACUAUUACAUCACGCAAGUUAUGUGGUCUUUGUAAGCAACACGGGCACAAUCGUAGGUCGUGUCCUAACCGUGGAAAUAAUGCAUGA